AGUGACAUAACUUCCUCCUGGUAGUAAAACGAGACAAGCUAACUUGUUAGCCUCGAAAAUGAGUUUGUUUUUGCCCAAAUUAACUUGCAAAAAAGACAUAGAUGAAGUCAUCAAAGCGGUAGCAGAAAAAGUGGUCGUUCUUAGGUUUGGAAGAGACGAAGACUCAGUUUGUCUGCAGCUUGAUGAGAUUCUGUCAAAAACUUCUCACGACUUAAGUAACAUGGCGUCCAUCUACAUCGUCGAUGUGGAUAAAGCUCCCAUCUACACGAGGUACUUUGACAUCAGUUACAUCCCCUCCACGGUUUUCUUUUUCAACGGCCAGCACAUGAAAGUGGAUUAUGGCUCCCCGGAUCACACUAAGUUUGUUGGCAGCUUCAAGACCAAGCAAGAUUUCAUAGAUUUGAUUGAGGUGAUAUACAGAGGAGCCAUGCGGGGGAAAAUGAUUGUCCAGAGUCCCAUAGAUCCUCAAAAUAUUCCCAAAUACGACCUCCUUUACCAUGGGAUUUAGAAUCAACACCUUCACUAUGUGGCCUUAUAACCAAAAUGAUUUGCAUGGACCACCACUGGUUGAUUAACAAUUAGAAGUAGCUCAGCCACGAAGCGACUGUUUAAAGACAGUUCGAUAUGAAGUUUAAGUUCCUCAGAUUUAGAGGCUUUAGUAAAAAUGCUCAUCUUCAUAUACAGAGAAAAUUACUAGCAGUGCUUUGCAUUUUACUUCUUGUCCUGCUGAUAAACGUCCCUUGUUGUGUUUUUGAGCACUAGUGCUUAUACUAUGGAGCAGUAUAUUCAUGUGUGGGCCCUCAUUUUGUAUGUAGGUGACAUUCAAGCCAGUGGUUUUCUACGAGUCCACUAAUCGACAGAUAGCAUGUCAAAAUCACAAAUGUGAAGGCACAAUGCGAGCAAGCUAGUAAACAUAGAAGUUACCAAACAAGUUGCAAACUUUGAACAAAAAGGAGUUUUACAAAUGUUUUAUGAAGUAUAUGCAUUCAGUUAGACCUCAGGCAUGUGCACAAUUUAUCCUGUCUGUUUACACAGACUAUAAACAACCAAAUGACUGUAAAUCUAGUUUGUUUACAAGAAGAUGCUACAGGGAAGUUUAGCAUUGUUUUAACAGCAUGCAGGAGUUUGGCAGGUUGGAAAAUUUGAAAUGUUUUCAAAUUUAAGCUGUGUUGACUUGUGAUGAAUACACACCAUAUAAUUGACUUUGUCAUAUAUUCCAUGCUAAAAUUUAUUCACAGCAAGACAUUUUUAUGAAUGAAAAAUAUUCUGAUUUUUCCACAACUCUACUGUUUUCUCAGCCCUUCUCCCCUUCUCUGUCAUAGGUUUGAUAAACGUGGCAUUCUGAUAAACAAGGUCCUGCAAAUUCAUUAAAAUAUCUUUUUCUUGUGAAAAUGUCUAGUGCCAAUUUAAUGUUUCCCAUGGAAAACAACUGUAGUUCUGCAGAGAGAUGUAACUUAUUUAUCCAAUGUACAUGCCCUGCUGUUAUAAUAAACUUUGAACCAUGA